CAUUUUCAAUAGCAACAGUGCUAGGUGUAAAGUCAAAACCUAAAAGUCAGCAACCAGCCAGCCAUAAAGAACAUAAUCAACUUGGCUCCUAUCACCAGGCAGAAUAUCUUGAGAGCUAAAUGCACUAAUGCUAUUACCAACUUCGUGCACAAUUCAAAGAUGACACAUAACUUUGAGCACUACCUUUUGACCAAUGCUAGAAGAUUUGUCAAGACACAUGAUGACUUGGUUAUCACUCCUGCUGACAAAGGUAACAUCACAGUAAUACUUUCCACAGAACAGUAUGAACAGAAAAUGAACCAGCUUCUACAAGACUCGUCAGUUUACAAACAAUUGAGGAGAGACCCUACCAAUGAAUUUCAGUAUAAAAACAACAAAAUUGUCAAACAACUGAAAGACAAAGGUUUUAUUGAUGCUUCCAUGGCCAGAAAAUUAACCACCUAUAAAGCGAUUCCACCAAGAAUAUAUGGACUUCCUAAAGUACACAAAGCAGACAUCCCAUUGAGGCCCAUCGUCUCCACAAUUGGCUCAGCGUCAGUUGAACUCAGUCAAUUUAUGACACAGAUUCUCACAGAAGCAUUCUCAGAUUUCCAUGAUUAUACCAUAGCUGACUCUUUCCAAUUUGCUUCCAAAAUUAAUAACUUUAUAUUACCCCAAGGGUAUAAACUCAUUUCCUUAGAUGCUGUCAGUUUAUUCACGAAUAUUUCACUAGAGCUAGUUAUACAAAUUAUCCAGCAGGAAUGGUCCAGAGUAAGUCAGGUCACAACCAUAGGUAUAUCACUUUUUCUAAUAAUCAUAAAGUUUUUAUUUGAGUCCAGCUAUUUUGUUUUCAAGGGUUCCUUCAUUUCACAAAUCUUUGGCUGUGCAAUGGGGAGUAAAAUCAGUCCCAUUUUGGCUAAUAUAGUCAUGUCAGUGCUUUUGAAAUAUUGCAUUCCUCUACAACCCUUCCAGGUGCCGAUUACCUAUCAAUAUGUUGAUGACCUUCUCCUUGCUAUUCCCGAAGACAGGACUGCUACGACUUUGGCAGUUUUCAAUAACUACGACCACCACAUUAAGUUUAGUGCAGAAGAAGAAACUGAAAAUGGUGUCCCAUUCCUUGACACCAAAGCUAUCAGAUGUGCAGGUAACAUUGUAAAAUUGGAUUGGUACCAAAAACCGACCUCUUCAGGUCGUUAUAUACAUUAUAGUUCCAACCAUUCUUGGGCUAUGAAAACUAACUUAAUUAAAGGUAUGUUUCGUAGAAUUAAGAAAAUCUGCCAUCCAGACUUUCUUCAUAACAGUGAAGAAAAGAUCUUUGAGAACAAUGGUUACCCUAGGAUGUUUUUGAACAGAUGUCUGCAUUCUCUAACUUCUGACCAAAUCGACGAGGCCCCACAAAUAAGAACAUCGACAUUAGUCGAACCUGCCACACAUGACAAAUAUGUAAGCCUGCCCCUCAUUCCACCAUUAACAGGCGUUCUUUUCAGCCAAACUAAAGAUAGGAUCCACACCAUGUCUAGAUCUGACGUGGUUUAUCGCAUUCCAUGUGAGAACUGUGAGUCUGUGUAUGUUGGACAGACAUCACAAUGUUUAAAAAGACGUAUCUCAAUACAUAAGAGUGACGCCAGAUUACGACCUGAUAGAUGUGCAUUAGCUAGCCAUUCGUCCUCUCUAGACCACCAUUUUAAGUUUGAUGAAGUUGAAAUAUUAUGUACCAAUUCUGACUAUAAUAAAAGAAGUUUCCUUGAAAUGUGUUUUAUAAAUGAAAAUGAAAAUAAUAUAAAUAAGAAGACUGACUUGAAGAAUUUAAGUGUUGUAUAUAGUUAUUUGUUAUCCUUAGAUCGUAGGCCAUCUAGAUAAACAUGACUUUAUGUCACUUUGUGAAUUGUUGUUUUCUCUGUGUUCCCCUGUUCUAUGAAUGUUAACCUGUAAAAUUGACAUAUGCAUUACGGCAACGUUUCUGGGAUUUCUACAUUUAUUGUGAUUUUUAUUGAAUUUUAUGAGUAGAAGACCUUUUAUAGCUGCACUUAUCAUCUUAAAUAAUUCUGUUCCUGUCAGAUGUAAGCAUAGAUUGCUGUUUUUACAACUUUCCAACUUUGUA